AGUAAGGGGCCCAGCCACUUAGAAAAAGCAGGUUUUGGGGUUCUGGCACCUCAAUCUUCCUUGUUCUCGUAUCUUAGUCCACGUAUAUUUGCAUGCCGCAUCCCAAAUAUUUAAUCAUAAUUUUUGCGUAUCUUUGGGGGAAAGUAAAGAUAGAGGCGGAGUCAGCAUAGUGGGACUUUGGAAAGCGAUAGUCGUUACUGUAACAGACAAGGAUUUGCCACGUUGCAUUUUAAGACUUUGUUGCAGAAAACAAACCGACUUCCAUCAGACCCUUUUCUCCUCUCUCUCGAGAUUGCAUUUUGGAGAAAAAAGGGGUUGAUUCUUCUGCAAUCUACCAAAUUGGAAACCUAAACCAAUGCAACGGCUGGUUGACCAUGUCCUUGCUGUCUCCAAAGAGUCAGUUAAAACAUUCACUUAUGAGUCAUUGAACAAUGUUGUGAGGUUGAUAAAUGGGGUGUCAGCACUAUUGCUGACAAUAUUGCCAGGGAAUUCUUCUAUUCUUGAAGGUAUCCAUGGUUGGGAGCUUCGCCCAGCAUUUCGUGGGCCUAGACUUCCACGCUGGAUGGAAGAUGGUGUCUCAUCCUUUAACCAAUUAAUUCAUGAACUUUCUGUUGACUCCAAUGCCUCAUCAAGUGUAGAAUACUCAUCACAAGAAGAUGUUGAUGAAAACAUUGGUCCAACGUCUCCUCUGUCACAAAGUUCUCGAGCUUCCAGAGUGAGCAGUUUUACCAGGCAGAGCCGCAAUUGGGUACAUUUGCUCGGAUACAUCUUCUCAUGGUUCCUUUUCCCCAUUAAAUUUAUGUUGGGCAUACCGUUGUAUCUCUAUGGUUCACAUACUAUGCCUGGGAGCCUCCAGCCUCCCCAUCUGCGAGCUACCAAGAGAAUACAGUCACUCAAGGACCACUUUGUCCAACGUGCCGCUGACAGAAGGCGAGGUGUAGUUGAGGAUCUCCAUCUAGCAAUUGAGAUCAUGAUUGAGACUGUCUUUGGAUUCGUUCACAAGGCAGCACAUUGUCUUCUUUCUCCGAUUGUCACAUUUACGGAAGUGGUGAAAUGGUUCUUUUCUCAUAUGAGUGGUCCUGAGGUUGUUCCUGCUGAUGGUUCAGCUGUAUCUGUACCUACGGAUACUCUUUCAGAGAAUGAUCCUACGCCUAGGGAACGACAAACAGGCUUUUAUCAUUCCCUUAAUACAGAUGCUAGGACGUGUCAAGAUGUCAUAACAGAGCUUGGGUACCCAUAUGAAGCUCUUCGUGUGGUAACUAAAGAUGGAUAUAUUCUCCAUUUGGAGAGAAUUCCAAGACGUGAUGCUCGGAAAGUUGUUUAUUUGCAACAUGGGGUUUUUGAUUCAUCCAUGGGAUUGUUAAGUUGUCCUUUCUGGUUCUUCAGGUGUAUAAUUAGUAUUAGUAUAACUAGAUAACCUCUGGAAGGCAUGCCAAUCAAUUGGCUAGAAGAAUUUAUGAAGUGCUAUUGGAUCUGGGACGUGUCUAUGAUAAGUAACAGUUCGAAGAGACGCGGCUUCUCUUUUCUUUUUAAUAUUUUAUUUGAUCAUUUUAUUUACUAAGUUAGCUGUUAUGAGCUCAAAUUGUAAUAUUGUAAUUCCCUUUUAAUUGUAAGUGAUUAGUUGAAUAAUGUGAUGGAUUAGCUUAGCGGGAUAAUUAAUAGUUAAUUGAUUAGGUCCAGAAAUUAGUUAGAAGUCCAGAAAUUAGUUAGAAGUAGUUAAGACAGGUGCGUGGGAGAAUUAGUUACAGGCGCGUGGGCCACACGCGCCUAGUCCAAAAAUCAGUUAACUUGGUUGUAACUGCAUUUGCUGCCUAACUCAGCUAUAUAGAUCUACUUCUUCAUUGUGUAA